AUGUCUACUUUCAACAACUUCACUAAUUCGUUGAAUCAGAAGUUCCAAGAGCUUUCCACAGCCGUUUCGCAACGGACCCAAGAAAUAUCCACCAACCUUCCUUCGUUGACUCAAUCUACUCAACGUUUGGUACAGGAAAGGCUGGGUCAAGUCACCGAUAUCUCUCAACUACCUCGGGAAUAUCUGGAAUUAGAGCGUAAAGUCGACACUAUCAAGUUGAUUUACGAGAACUUCCUGCAUGUCACUUCUAUUUACGAGAAUGAAUCUUACGACUAUCCAAAAUACGUGACUGAGUCAGUUAACGAUUUCUCCAAGAUUGUUGCACACAAGGUCCAGGAAUUAUCCCAUGCUUCUUCUGCUUCAGAAGCUCAAAACAUUCUGAUCACUCCAACUCCAGCUAAGGAGCCAAGAACUUUGAACUAUGCUUUGAGUAAAGUUUCUUUGAUUUCUAGUGAGUAUUUGAAUCACAUUGGCGACCAUGACGAGGCUCAAGUUGCCUCUGUUCUGUUGAAAUACAGUGACUUGCAGGCAAAGGUAGCACAGGCGAGAUUGCAACAAGAUACCAUGAUUCAAACCAGAUUCAACAAGCAGUUGAAGGAUAACCUAGAGCACAACUUUAAGAAGGCACAGAAGGCACGCAAGGAUGUUGAAUACAAGAGACUGCAAUAUGAUGUUGCAAGAUCAAACUUGGCUCAAGCUAAACCUGAAAAGGAGGCUUCUUUAAGGGUUCAAAUGGAAACUUUGGAGGAUCAGUUUGCUCAAGCCACUGAAGAUGCCACUAUCAUAAUGCAAGAAGUGUUGUCGAAUGCUAAAUUCACUGAGGAGAUUAAGGAAAUGGCAAAUGCUCAAUUGACUUAUCAUCAAACUUCUGCAAGUUUGAUUGAAGAGUUUGUUGCUGGUUUCGAUACUUCUCUGCCAGCAUCCGGUUCGGGUGCUACAAGCAAGAAGGUUGAACCAUCUGAAGCUGAUGACGAGGACGAUGCUGUUAAGGUUGAUGCUGACGAUGUCGAAGCUUGA